UGAAGGGAACAACAUUUUGUAAACAUAACCAGCCGUCAAAGCAGUAAUCGAUUUGAAAAAUAUUUUGGAAUUUUACGUUUUUCGUCGAAAAUAAAUCCAAAAUGAAUAAAGGAAAAAUAACUUUUGGUAAAAUACAGCUGAAAACAUCACCUGCAGCUGAAAAUGCAGCUCCUGCAACAGCAUCCGGUGGCUUUGGAUCGUUCAGCCGUGUGGAACCACCUCCCGAGCCGGGACCGUCCGGAUCCGGCUCGAAACAGCACUCGGACGUGGACAAAAUAGCAUCCGAUCUGGAAAACAGCCGAAUGCAGGAAGUAAUGGGAAUUGCCGGAUUCGGUCGGAAGGCCAAGCAGUUCGACAUCAACGAGAUGAUCCAGAAGGCUAAACAGAACGCUCCGAAGGCCGAAGAAGAUCCGAAUGCGAUCCGGGUUGAGGAACCCGGGGAUGGUGGUGGAGGUGGGUCAUCGGAUGGGGAGAGCGAUGAGGAGGUGAUCGGGCCCAUGCCAACGACUGCCGCGGGUUCCGGUGAGGGGAAAGUCAAAAGGAGGGAACGCCGGGACAGUGAAGAUAGCGACGAGGAUGAUGACGAUGACGAUGAUUUCGAUGAAGACGCCCCGAUCAAUAAGAUUCCAAAUUCGCACGAGGUAGAAAUGCGACAUGGAUCCAAAGCGGUCAUUUCGCUGGCGGCCGAUCCGUCCGGGGUCCGGUUGGCAACCGGUUCGGUGGAUUACAAUUUAAACUUUUGGGACUUUUCCGGAAUGGAUAAAUCGAUGAAGAGCUUCCGGAGUUUGCAACCUUGCGAAAAUCACCCGAUUCGGGAUUUGCACUAUUCCACUACCGGAGAUAUGAUUUUGGUAGUUUCCGGAAGUUCCCAGGCGAAGGUACUGGAUCGAGAUGGCUUCGAGAAGAUGGAGUGCGUUAAAGGUGACCAGUACAUAACGGAUAUGACCAGGACAAAGGGUCAUGUGGCCGGACUGACAGGGGGCUGCUGGAACUUUGUUAAAAAGGAUGAAUUUUUGACAAGCGCGAUGGAUUCCACUCUGAGGACAUGGGUAUUUGCCAAGUCCAAGGAACAGAAGAAUGUCAUCAAAACUCGAGCCCAAGGAGGAUUGAAGACGGUUCCAACAGCUUGUACGUACAAUCGAGAUGGGACCCUAAUUGCGGCUGGAUGUAGCGACGGGUCGAUUCAAACCUGGGACACGCGGAAGAUGUUCGUCAAUACGACCCACUGCGUGAGGGACGCUCAUGCCAAAGGAAGCGACAUUUCAUCAAUCCUCUUCUCGUACGCAGGACAGAUUCUAGCCACCAGGUCAACCGAUGAAACCCUGAAGUUAUGGGAUUUGAGAGCAUUUAAAAAGCCGCUUCACGAGUUUGGCAACCUUUUCUCACGGUACGACACAACCGAUUGCUGUUUCAGUCCGGAUGACACCAUGGUUCUGACGGGAGAAUCCCUGCCCAAAGGACAGAAGCAGGCGAAUUUGUACUUCUUCGAUACCAAAACGUUCGAAACCGUAGCAACCAUUCCGAUUACGGAUUCACACGUGAUCCGUGCUCAUUGGCAUCCGAAGUUGAAUCAGGUCUUCGUGGGAUGCGGAAACGGAAUCAUUCGGGGCCUGUACGACGAGAAGCGCAGUAUGAGAGGAGCCAAGCUGUGCGUCGUCCGAACCUAUCGUAAGAAAAAGGACAUGGAGAUGAUCGGAACCAGUCAGGUCAUAACUCCGCACGCACUGCCGAUGUUCCGGCAGGAAAAGUCACGCUCCCACCGAAAGAAGCUGGAAAAAGAUCGCAUGGAUCCGGUUAAAUCCAGACGACCGGAUUUGCCCAUCACCAGCGGCCAGGGAGGACGAGUGGCCAGCUCGGGAGGCACACUGUCAUCCUACGUCAUACGGAAUUUGGGACUUAGCAAGCGAGUGGAAGACGACCAGGACCCUCGCGAGGCCAUCCUGAAGUAUGCCAAGGAAGCGGCCGAAAAUCCCUACUGGAUCUCUCCGGCCUACAACAAGACCCAACCGAAACCCAUUUUCAACACGGAGGACGAACCGGACAGCAAGAAACCGAAAACGGAAUAAGCAAAAUAAAGUUUGUUCAAGUCUCACUCCAA